AUGCCGGAGUGGACCGGCGUCAACAAGAAUGUUGCCGCUGUGGACGUAUCUCCGCCGAGCUCCCCGGAGAGCUCGACCUCACUGGAGCCACGAGGACCACCACGACCGCCGCUGCCUUCAGCAGAAGCAGCACCGGCGGAAAGCUCGACCUCGCUGGAACCAGGAGGACCACCACAACCACGACCACCGCUACCUUCAGGAGCAGCACCCGCGGAGGCACCACCGGCGGAAGCAGCACCGGCGGAAGCACCAGCAGCGGCCGUGGCGGCGGAAUCAGGCCCACCCAGCCCCCCGUCGACAUCCGCGCCCGCCCCGCCGCCGCCGGUAUCGCAGGCGGCACGGCAGCUCCCUCAGUCUCAGAGUCGACGCCUGUCGCUGACGGUCCGCCCGCCUUCUUACGGGGAGCUAACUGGUGCUGCCGACCCGCAGACCGGUCCCGAGCCGUCCCCCGCCGGGAGUGUAGUCCCCGCGCGGGAAGAGAAAAGCCUGCCGGCGCCGGCGCUGGAGGAGCAGCAGCCGCCGCUGCCGCCGCCGCGGCCGCCGCAGCCGGAGAGACCGUCACGAGGGGGGGACGAGGCGGGGGCCGGGGGGCGCACGGUAGCUGCCGCAACGCCGCCCGCGAAGAAGAGAGCGCCGAGGGGAAGCCCGAGGGCCCAGCCGGCAAAGGGCACGCCGGCGAGGCGGGGCAAGCCAAAGAAGAAGGCACCGGAGCCAGAAAAGGCAUCGGCGGCGGCGGCGGCGGCGGCGGCGGCGGCCGGGACCGCUCCCGCCGCCGCCGGCGACGGGAACGAAUCGGCCGGCCGGAAGCCGAGGCCCGCUGCCUCCGCCCCCGCCGCUGACCCGACGGCGCCGGCCGUCUCUCUGGCCCGACGGAUGCUCGACGUGGAGGUCGUGGAGGCGGCGGGGCUGCUCGGGACCGAGAAAGGAGGCGUUUCCAACCCGAGGGCGAACAUCCUCCUCGUGGACCUCGCCGGGAGGGCCGUCAAGUCGGAGGGGGUCAGGCACACGCCCGUCAUCAAGGGCACCACGAACCCGGUGUGGAACUUCAAGACUUCCUUCGGUUACCGGGCGAACCUCAGCGCUCCCGUGGGGGGAAACAUGCCAACGCUGCGUGUUCAGGUGUUCAGCGAGCAGCGAUUCGCGGCCGAGAAGCCCCUGGGCACGGUGGACGUCCCCCUGGUAAACCUCAGCGUGGACGGGGAGGAGUGGGAGCAGUUCUACUCGCUGGAGCCCUUCGGGAGGCUCAGAGCCGGGGGCAGGCUGGGCAGCGUCCACCUCCGGCUCAAGAUCGGCGCCGUCAUCGACAAGCGCGACGGGUCCUCGAAGAUGUUCUUGGACCUGAACCGGGGCCUCAACGACCGGGGGGACGAGGAGCCCGGAUACCUGGAUCAGCCGCCGAACUUCUUGAAGAUUACGCUGCACCAGGGUCAAGACCUUUUGGCGUUGGAUAUGGGGACCAGCUCUGAUCCGCUCGUCAUAUUUAAGCUCGGCGGCAAGGAGCAACGAUCGCGGGUCAUACAGAAGAAUCUGAACCCACAAUGGGAAGAGGUGUUCGAGUUCGAGUGCAGGAACUCCGGAGAGUCGUUGGAGAUCACCGUUGAGGAUGAGGACCGAUUCGUGAACGACUUCAUGGGCUUCGUGAGCAUUUUGAUGGGGGACCUGGAAGACAAGCGGAAGAUGAGGCAAUGGUACGACCUCAAGCUGAGGACGGGAGAGCUGCCCGCCGGCGAGGAAAGAGGGGCCAUCGAGAUCACCACCCAGUGGUUCUUCAACCCCAAGUUUGCCGCGAAGGAUGAGGCCACCAAGAAAAAGGCGGAGUUUAGCGUCGUCAAUUGGCUGCAUGACGCCGAAUCCGACACCGAGGAGGAUGAGCCAGACCAACAGGAAGACCCGAACGCGCAGAUAGCGGCGAAGGAGGCCGAUCCGGAGGAAAAGAAGAAGCAGGACGAGGAGAAGGAUGCCCUGCUCGCCAAGCUAAGUGACUUCAAGGUGAUUAGCGGCGACUACGUGGCGUACGUGCACAUCAUAGAGGUCCGGGAGCUCAAGGGCGAGGAUCUCCAGGGCACGUCUGACCCCGUGGUGUACGUGGAGGCGUUCGGCCAGAAGUUUGCGACGGAGGUGGUGAAGGACCGCCUCAACGCCGUCUUUGACGAGACGUUCGUCAUCAACCUGAGAAACUUGGACCAGGACGACUUUAAGGAGGGUGUGUUCCGGAUAUCUGUCAUGGACGCCGACGUGACCAUCGGGAGCCUUGGCUCCCUCAAGGCAGACCUCAUCGGGAACCACGAGGUGCACAGGCGUUGGGUGGCGCUUGUGGACGAUGAGAACCCGGAGGACGUGGGCAUCCAGGGUUACCUGCACCUCUCCAUCGCCAUCGUCGGGCCAGGAGACAGGCUCAAGGUGCACGAUGAGGAGGCCGACCGGAGGAAGGAGAAGGCCGCCGAGGCGAACGCCGGAGGCAUGGACUCCCUGGUCGUCAUGCCGCCCGCCAUCGAGGUGCAGCAGAAGUGGCUCGUUACCACCGUCGCCAAGGCCGAGUACAUGCCCGUCAUGGACAAGAACUUCGGCGGGGGGGCCGGCGGCGGAGACUUCUUCUUCCAGUUUUCCAUCUGGGACUGGGACCCCGUGGGUGAAAACGAUCUGGUCGGGGUUUACUACGGAAAGCUGCGGCACAUCGAGAACGUAAUGAAGGAAACGAAGGGCCGCGUGACGUGUAGAUGGGUGAACCUAUACGGACCGCCCCUGCACAUCCCGGAGACCCGGAACCUGAAGGUGCUGACGAGGAGGGCGGCCACGCUGGGGCUAGGGGCGCAGACGGACCACCUGCACCAGUACCUCAACUUCCCCGACAAGGCCUCAACCUACCGCGGGCGAGUCCUGGUGAUGGAGAGGAUCGUCCCGCAUGCUCCCAAGGCUCACGAAAAAGACAAGGUGGCGUGGAGAAGGAAGAUCAAGUCGCCGGCCGUGCCCAAGGCCGCUCAGUACGCCAUGCGGAUCUUCAUCGGCGCGGGGACGGAGAUCCCCCAGUUCACCGACGUGACCAACUUCGGCAAGAACAAGAAGAUGUGGAUUCGCGUCUCCGUGGGGCGGUACGAGCUGUCCACCGAGCCCGUGGACAACAACAAGGGUGUGUGCGAGUGGUACCAGUCGCUCCAGCUGAAGAGCAACUUCAACCUCACCGCGGACCCCGACCAGUGCCCCGACCUCAUCGUUCACCUUAUGGCCGGUACGGGCACGAACGCGGAACCUUGCUCGUUCAGGCGGUUUCCGGCGAAGGAGCUCAUCGAAGAGAAGUUCGGCGGUGCCCCCACGUGGAUCAGGCUGCAAGAAGACAAGGUGCUAGAUCUCUUGGUCGACAACGAGUUCCCCGGAUCGGUUCUGAUCCGAAUGGGCCUCGGGCCGAUCGAGUCGUACAUCACCAACAAGAGCAAGUGGAAGGACGAGAUUCAGGGCCUGCUCAGGAGGGAGGCGUACGAACUCAGGGUCCACCUCUACCAGGGCCGCAACCUCCCGUCAGCCGAAAGCUCCCGACUGAUCCACCCAUACUUGAAGGUCAAAUUCCAAGGAGAGGCGCACCUGGACAUGGUCAUCAUGGGGAUACGCAACAUGCAGCCGUACAAGUACCUACCGAUGCAGCUCCCGUAUUGCGUCUUCGAGGUGGAUGACAUGGACGGGACGAAGCGAUCAGUCCUGACGGACUCUUCCAACAAGCCGACGGGACGCGACGCCAACUUCCUCCAGCGCAUCAAAAUGGAGUUGCAGCUUCCGCUCGAUGUCAUCUACGCCCCGCGUGUAAAGAUCAGGGUAUACGACACUCGGCUUGGAGGGUUCAACGUGCCCCUCGUGGGGACCGGUCGGAUUGAGCUCGGGAAGAAGCUGCCGUGGAGCCCGGAGUACGAGGCGCCCCUGGCCAAGACCUUCGCGAAGGACGCCCUGCUGCGGGCCAUCACGGCGGACGGAAACGAUUCCACCUCCGGCGGCAACGACAACAACGACCCGUCGGCACACGGCAGCGACGGCGGCGGCGGUCUCGGCGGCGGCUCCGCCUCCCACCGUCGCGGCGGCCUGCAAUGGGGCAGCUCCGGCGACUACGGGAGCGACGCCGAGAUUUCCGACUUCGAGGGAGAGGCCUCCGUCUAUGGGGCCGGCGGCGGCGCGAAGUCCGGGUUCGGCGGCGGCAAGUCAGGGUUCGGCUCCUCCCUUAUCGGGGGAAGCACUCGUACAAACCAGGCCGGUAGCGGCGGUCGCACCAGCACGAGGGCCUUCGGCGGCCCGGCGGGCGGCGGGGGCCACCAGCACGCCCGCAGCAGCCGGUCGCGGUCCCGCAGCGACUUCGGCGGCGGCGGCGGCGGCGCCCUGGGCGUGAUGCAUCAGUCGAGCUGGAACAAGAGCGGCACCAUCGACAACUCGCCGCAGCUCAACGCCAGCGGGAAGGUCAUCGACACCGGCAUCGGCGUCAUGCCCGCUCUCGAGCUCGCGCGACAGAAGGCCGGCUUCGGCGCUGGAUCCAUCCCAGGCAGCCAGGUCUUGACGCCGGUGGGCGGCGGGGCUGGCGGGGCGCUGGGGGACGCAGGGGGCUUCGGCGGCGGGGGAGGGAGCAGCGUCACGGGAGGGGGCAGCAUGGCGGGAGCGCUGGGGCUGGAAGAGACGACCGGGUGGGACGAGGAGGACGACGAGCUUUCUCAGGUCCCCGAAUACCUCAAGGGCCGCGAAGAGCUGGAGCAGUCGCUAGAGGAGGAGCUGAUGGCCACGCCGUUCGAAUCGUACGAUCUCUUCCGUGGGAAGCUGCUUGGCGGCGGAAUCGGCGGCAGCACCCUCAAGAAGGUGGGCAAGCUGAAGUGCAUCGUGAGGGUUACCGAGGGAGACCCCGACGACGAGCCGCUGUUCGUGGACAAGAAGAGCUUCCCGACUCUUGCCAAGGCCAAGGCCAGGAACGACAUCAUCCUCGCGGAGCUCCUCAAGCCGAAGGGGUACAAGGUGAGGCUGUACAUCCUGCAAGCCCUGAACCUGACCCCGAUGGACAUCGGCAUCGGCGGCAGGCCUGGCAAGUCUGACCCUUACCUCAAGGUCAAGCUGGGCAAGGAGAGUUUCGACGACAAGAAGAACUACAUCGACGACGUGACGGAUGCCGACUUCUAUAAGUGCGUCGAGAUCAACGGAACUCUCCCGGGAGCCAGCCAGCUGGAGAUCGACGUCAUGGACUACGACGACAUCGGGCGGGAUGAGCUCAUCGGGAGGACCGUGAUCGACUUGGAGGACAGGUGGUUCGACACGAGAUGGCAGGCAUGGGGCAUUCAGAACAGGUCGGAGGACAUGAACAACAUGCGAUUCCAGACCAAGCCUUUGGAGACGAGAACCCUCCUCGUGCCCACCAGUCUGGCGCCGCAAGGGCAGCUGAGGUGCUGGCUGGACAUCAUGUCCGCUGAGGAUGCGAGAGCCUUCCCACCGGACGAUGUCUCGCUGCCUCCGAACCGCGACUUCGAGGUUCGAGUGGUGUUCUGGAAGUGCAAGGACGUGGUGGCCAUGGACACGGUCACGGAGCAGAACGACCUGUUCGUUAAGAGCUGGGUGGAGGGCUGCGACGCCCAGGAAACGGACACGCACUGGUUCGCGAAGAAGGGCAAGGGCUCUUUCAACUGGCGGAUGAAGUUCAAGGUCUCGCUCGGCCCCCGCACAAGGGCGUGGAAGUUCCCGUACCUGACCGUGCAGCUGUGGGACCGAGACUUGUUCAAGUUCAACGACCACAUCGCCGAGGGCCAGCUGGACCUCGGUCCGUACUUCAUCAAGGCUUACAAGAGCUCUGAAACCGUCAAGCUCUUCCCCACCAUCGACCCCAAGCUAGAGGCCAUGCGAGAGGCGGAUGUGGGGAACAUGGACGUGGAUGCCGCGCUGGAGGGGAACGACACCUCGAAGGAGCGCCUCUUGGCGCAACUCGAGAGCGGCCCCGCGGCGUACGACCCGGAGAGGGGGGAGAGGCCGCCGCCCCCCGCGUACAACAGCCAGAUGCGGCUCGGGGGCGGGAACAACAACGUUACCUCGAACGGGUCGGAGAUCGUCAGCGGCGUAAACAACCUGUACGAGGGGAGCCCUGUUCCAGACCAGCAGAGGGUCAACGGCGUCGCUCCUGCUGCCAACGGCGGCGUAGUCCGGGAAAGGAGGAGGAAGAAGAAGAAGAAGAAAGGCUGCUGCGCUUUGAUCUGCAAGUGCUGUUGCCCUGGGAAGAGCGUGGCCGCCCGUGUGGAGCCGGGGGACUCGUCGGACGAGGACGAGGAGGCCAAGGCCGACGCCAAGGCGUUCGUGAACACGAUCAAGAACAUGACGGGGCUGUGGGACGACGACCCGGACGAGAGCUAUUGGCUCAACAUGGAGAGGACCAACUACGAGACUGGCCAGAAAGAACAAAUGGGCAAGUGCUUGAUGGGCGUCCAGAUUUGGCCCAUCGAGAAGGCGGAGCUGCAGCCAGUCGGCAACGGCCGGAACGACCCCAACAGCCAGCCCUUCCUGCCACCGCCGGCGGGGCGCCUGCGGUUCAGCCUGAACCCCUUCGUGAUGGGGUCGGAGCUCUUCGGGCCGAAGAUCUGCGCCAAGAUCGCGUGCGUGUGCUGCUGCGUGAUCAGCAUCCUUCUCCUCGUGUACUUCAGCGGGUUCUUCAACCUGCUCCUCACGUUCGCACUUAGCCUCAUCCAAUAAGCAAUCAAGCGGCGUUCGUUGUUGUCGUUGUUCGAUCCUGCGGACCGCGUCGGGUGGGGCGGACAAAAGAUCAAUGGUAUUUGGUCUGUACAGCAGUAGUAGCAGCUAAAUUACAUUUUUUUUUUUUUCUUGUGUUGCUGUUGUUUUUGUUGUUUGCGUGGAAACGUUUUAACCGGGGCAUUGGGCGAUUUGAACGAAACAAACGGGUGCAAUACGGUGUUCGAGAAGUAGCAGCAACAGCCUCCCGGGCUGGGAAGGUGGUGCAAGUCUGGUGCUUGCUGCGGUCGAAGGGGCUGUGAUUGUUUUGUUGUGCAAUAUAUCGAGGCCAUUUGCCUAAAAUUUUGUGCUGUUUUUUCAGGUCGUGUCGUCCAUACGCCGGGUGUUCGUAGUUUUAGUUUGUCACCAUCACACCACACCUUUCUCCUCUCUUCUGCUUUUUCCUCGCGAAACCUAAGUUCUGUUUCAUGUGUGUUGAGGUCGAGUUGGAGCAUUUUUUUCCGUGCGUGUUUUUUAGCUGGUAAAUAUUCGGUCUUGGAGUUUCCGGCCGCGGCUGCCUUCCUUCAUUUCUUCCACUUCUGGGAAGGCAGGAAGGCAAGCAGACUGACAAUGUUCAUGCGGCGACUCUGAGUGUCUUGUGGGAGUGCGUACACGGCGGUGGUGGUGUAGUCGUUGUUUCCGUAAAAACACCGUUCGUUGAGGUCGCCCUGCGGAGUAGCGCAGCGUCGGCGAGAUGCCAUGAUGUCGUCGAGUCGGGGUUGAUCUUUCUCCAGGAGGGCGGGCAUCGCCAGAGGCAAGAAAUUCUCAUCGUUUUUUCCUCUAUUUCUGGUUGCAGGGUCGGUAGUGUUACCACUGCUGCUGUGUUCAUUGAUGUGCGUUGAAUGCCGUCUCCGAAUGGCGUGGAAACCCGGGUCUACCGCAUGUUUAUUUGGCGAACCAGAAGGGGGCCACGCAGAAGAACCUCUCUGCGGGGCUUACCGCCCGAGAGAGGUUGAGCGAUCCUUCCCCUUGUCGCCGUGAAGUGCAACACUACGUUUGUGUACUCACGAAGAAGUGCACGUGGUAGGCUAGAGCUACGCGCUGGCAACCUCUCCCACCUCUGCGGUACACUAUUAAUAGGUUUCCGUCUCUCUGCGUCGGUUUGCGGCGUUGGCGUGUGCGAACGAUAGCAGUUGGUUGGGUGUUCUUGAGUUAAGUCAGUGGCUGGCUUCUCAAGAUAAGGCUGUGUAAACGCAUGCAAAGAAGAGGGCGGUAGGACUCGGGAUUAUUCUAUGGUUUCGAUGUGCAAGUAUUUUGUUGGCAGUAAGCAGUUUGGGGUGUGUCUGGCGGGCACAGGGAGGGGAUAUUUAACCCACUUGGAAGUGGUGUUACUCUGAAGUUUAGUCUACGUGUAGAGACGCCUUGUUCAUUAGUACUUUGAUUUCUACUCUUGUCUUGCUAUUUAUGGGUACCUCUGUUGGCGUAGUUAGCGUGUGGCCACAAAACGCAUACCCUCUGCGAUGACCAUAGUAGAUUGCAAUGUAGCAAGAGAGCAUGUUGACAGAUUACAUGUUAACAUAUUUGAGGCGACGGUCCGGACCCGAUGGGUGUGGCGUUGUCUCUCUGCGGUUUGGUUUUCCCGAUGCCAAAC